AUGGGUGGCAUUGCAUUCGGACGCUUUGAUGAUUCUUUCAGUUUCAGCUCAAUCAAAGCCUAUAUUGCUGAGUUCAAUUCAACCUUGCUCUUUGUUUUUGCCGGUGUUGGUUCAGCCAUAGCCUAUGGGAAGUUGACAUCAGGUGCAGCACUUGAUCCUGCUGGGUUACUGGCAGUUGCUAUUUGCCACGGUUUUGCACUUUUUGUUGCAGUUUCUGUUGGUGCCAACAUCUCUGGUGGCCAUGUCAACCCUGCUGUGACUUUUGGAUUGGCUCUUGGAGGCCACAUCACCAUCCUCACUGGCAUCUUCUACUGGAUUGCACAGCUUCUUGGCUCCAUAGUCGCAUGUUUUCUUCUCAGCUAUGUCACAGGAGGUUUGGCAAUUCCAAUCCACAGCGUGGCAUCCGGGGUUGGAGUUGUUGAAGGAGUUGUUACAGAGAUCAUCAUCACAUUUGGUUUGGUGUACACUGUAUAUGCCACAGCAGCUGACCCUAAGAAGGGUUCAUUGGGAACCAUUGCACCCAUUGCCAUUGGUUUCAUUGUUGGUGCCAACAUCUUGGCAGCAGGACCAUUCUCUGGUGGCUCAAUGAACCCUGCACGCUCCUUUGGGCCUGCAGUUGUGAGUGGUGACUUCCAUGACAACUGGAUCUACUGGGUUGGACCUCUUAUUGGUGGUGGUUUGGCUGGCCUUAUCUACGGCAAUGUGUUCAUUCGCUCUGACCAUGCACCUCUUUCCAGUGAAUUUUGA